AUGGCUACUACCGACGACGCGCUCGAGACGUACACUCACCUCCCCCUCCGGAUUGAUCCUCAAACAAAACAAGUGUCUGUUCUUUCUUCAGACAAGACCUUACAAGAAGCAGUGGCCAAUGUCAACAGCCUACACAGUGCUAUGAAGUCGCUCGAAACGCCGAACAAUGUCCCACCGCCGCCGCUACCCGUCAACCCGAAACGAUCGGGGAAUAUCCAGAAACUGAGAGAGUCUGCCGCAGCUUCGUCCCGCAAAGGCCAACAUACAGAUGCGAUACGACUACUUGGUGUCGCCAUUGAUAUGGCUGCUGCGCGGCCAGGCUGGGAACCUUUUGGGUUGGCUAGAGAGGAACUCGCUCUGAUGUAUCUGUCUCGCGCGGCAGCCCAUACUGGCCUUCAAAACUGGGUAGAAGGUCUGAAAGACGCGGAAUGCAGCCUGGAAUGCAAGAGAGGGCCCAGCAAUGGCCCCAAUGGAGAGAAAAUCCCUGGAAACCCCAAAGCAUACAUUGUAGGAGGCAAGUGCUUGAUGGAGAUGGGCCGAUGGAAUGAUGCCGUUGAGUGGCUCGAGCGAGCAACCGAAAUCGAGGGCAAGGAUGGUGAAGACGGGCGCGAGCUGAUGCGGCAGCUGAUUGAGGCGAGAAGCCAUGUUCAAGCCAAGGUCUGA